AUGCAACAUCAGAGGAGCCUCCGAGGGCUCAUUGGCUCCUCAAUAUCGCGCCCCUACUUCCUGCGACUGUACACCCAUCCUGUCACUUGUCGAUAUCAAAGUUCAAACUCAGAUGACGCUCCAUUAUGGCCUGCGGAGGAUUGGGACGAUUUGGAGGAGAAGGAGCAAUCGAAACGGACGAUAGAUCGGAAAGUACACCAGUCGAAACGUGCUGGAUCAAUCCCCAUAGGGGUAGACAGUUUAGGUGAACCAGGGAAAAUAAUCGUCCUACCUCCUAAGCGACGGCGGAAGCGCAAACAAGCCAAAGACGAACCCCAAAGCAGCCUACUAAGCUCCAUGUUGGACGAUCUGGAUUCCGAAGUUUUAGGCGGCUGUUCAGAGUCAGUACAAAAAGCAUUCGACAGCUUCCGAGGGGAGUUAAACCCAAGCCAAAAGUUGGCUUCCGACGCUUGGGAGGAAGUACGGUCACGCCUGGCCUCGUCAUUUACGUGGGAACAGCUAUCAAACUAUGUUGAUCAGAACAUCUAUUCUUCGUUGGGCACAGAGGCAGCUGAACAGUGGAGGCCUGGAAAAUCGGCUUUCUUACUCGCAAAUCCUAUGAACCAGGAUGCGGUUGAUCGGGUUACCUCAUCGCUGGAUCUUAAGGGCAAACACAUAUUGGCAGAAAGAAUUCUGCGGAAUUGCUGGCAGCUGGCAAAGGGUGAUGAAAUUGGACAGCUGGAUCUCCAUAUGCCUCACUUCGCGCUUGAACUUCUCUUGAAUUCUCUGAAUUUCUCUUUCGAUUCUGUGGCGAAAAUGUCUCAGUCUAGCAUCGACAUUACUCUCUCCCUAGGACUGGUGCGAAUCACCGGAACAGAAAGUGCCUGCCAGCAUAUCCGUGAGAUAAUUGCAGAUGCCAGCGCGAGAAUUCGAGAGGACACGAUCAACAUCGACCCGGAGGCCUCUGUCUCGGCGCUCACACCCCAGUUUCUCGACUGGAUCAAGCAGACUUACGAAGUCAGCUUUGAGGGAAAGGCCAACGUCUUGCAAAAAGUCUACUAUCUUGCCGAGAAUAAGCAGGGUGCGGAUAAUGCUCGUAGAGCACUCAACUUGGCGAUUUACAAUAGCAACCAGCCGCGACGAUCCUUUGCCACUUACCUACCCUCCACGCAACAAGCAGAUCUUUACACCUACAAUUCACCUAACAAUCUUUCCUGGCUUGAUCGAGAGAAAUCAUGGUUUCGAUGGGCCACGCCCCCUGUUCAGGCUUCGACAAUUGGAUCUCCCCAAGAGCUCUUUUACGAUAAUCACCCGACACAAAUCUCGGACCAACUUUUGAAAGUCCUUCGUAGAAACUCGACUCUACCAAUAGAGUCUGAAUCUGGUGUCAAACUUCAUGAAUCAGUGACUGCUGCCGUCGGUCAAUGUCUCUUUGCACAGAAAUCUCCCUUCACCAAUACGAGCUUCAGUGCCCCUGAACUUGGCGGUCUUUCCUUAGACAGAAAAUUCGUCAACGAUAUCCCGCGAAUCAACCCUUUCCUGGAAUCCCUUAAACACGUCCAUAUAGGGACAGAUUAUCAACUACGUCGCGUUCGCCUGAUUCCGCCACCAUCUGCAAGUGAGACACUUCCAGAGCUGGAAAUCGAGUUCUUUGCGAUGAGCACUGAGCAUUCUGAGAACUUAGAUGAGAUACAUGAUAUCAUUGAUAUCAAACAAGUGAAGGCAAUCUAUGAGACCAGUGGCAUCGAAUAUCUCCUCCCUGAAAACGGCUUAGACGUCCAUUUCACUCGGACGGUUUACCGCAAAAUCUCACACGUCGCCUUGUCUAAAUUGCCGGAGUACGAAUCCCUCGCGGAGAGUAUCAAGGCCCCUCUCCGUGAAGCCUCACUUGCUACCAACGACUCAUCGACCUCCAUUCCUCUACCAGCUUUCUGCCAUGUUUCACUACCCCGGGAGCUAGCCUCCGCCACAACUUCAACGACACCCUCGGAUUCGAACAUCACAGUCGCGUAUACAUUCCCGAUACUAGACGAUGCUCGUGAUACAGCAGUCCACCAAUACGAGUUUGAUGCACGCGUACUGAACUUCUGUCUUCUCGAGAGGGGUCCCUUCAACCCCUCUCGCAUUGAGUUAUCUAUGGAUAUCAAUCUUUCAAAUCAAGGUGCGGACGGAGAUUCGGAGGACGUGGCCAAUGACGCUUUCCAUUCUUUCUACAAAGAUUCUUGCGAUAUGGCGUUCGAAGUACACCAAGCGCAGACCACACCAGCCGAGUAA